CCUGGGGGAGUCCUGCACGGAACCCAAGGUCGUCCGCCCCUCCCGGGCCUUUGUGGCCACCUCCGAGGGCAGCCUCAGGGCCAGGCAGUGGUGUCUGCUCAGUCUCCCUGCCUCCCUGCCCCCUCUGGGGCAUCCACAGCUCCGGAGCUCUCCGGGGCCCGACGCCUGGCUCCGCCCUUGGGCCUCAUUAUCUACGUUUCCGCGACUGGCGCUGCGUGAACUUGGCAGGCCCUCCCGGCGGUGAUCGGGAACACUUUGUGCCUCCCCGUCGCCGGCACCGCCCUGCCGGGACCGGCCCGCGCAGUCCACAGGGCCCGGGUCGCUGUGCGCUAAGCGCGGCGGCCGCGGAGAUUUCCUGCCCGGGAAACGACGCGGAUCCUUCCCGGGGCUCCUCGCCCCGCCCCAGGUCUCCGACCCCUCCCCUUUGCUGGGGAUCCCGGGUUGGGCAGAGUCGGGGAGGAGGCUCCAGUAGCCUGGGCCAAGGAGCGGCGGGGGGCAGCAGAGCUGCUGGCCACGGACGAUGCCCGCCAUGUGACGCCGUCUUCCUCUCCGUGAUCCCCCCACGCCUCCCGGGCCCGCGGCUCGCCGAGCCGAGCACCAUGCUCCUACCGGGACACGCGCGCCCGCCGCCCGCGUCCCAGCCUGCGCAGCAUCCCGGCCUUCGCAGGCAAGUAGAGCCGCCCGGACAACUCCUGCGCCUCUUCUACUGCACAGUGCUGGUCUGCUCCAAGGAGAUUGCAGCCCUCACUGACUUCUCGGGUUACCUAACCAAACUCCUGCAAAACCACACCGCCUAUGCCUGUGAUGGGGACCAUUUGAAUCUCCAGUGCCCUCGGCAUUCUACGAUAAGUGUUCAAUCAGCAUUUUAUGGGCAAGAUUACCAAAUGUGUACUUCCCAGCAGCCUGACUCCCAGAGGGAAGACAGCUUAAACUGUGUGGCACCCACCACCUUGCAGAAGGUGCUGGAUGAGUGCCAGAACCAGCGGGCCUGCCACCUUCUGGUCAAUAGCCGUGUCUUUGGACCUGACCUUUGUCCAGGAAGCAGUAAAUAUCUCCUGGUCUCCUUUAAAUGCCAACCUAAUGAAUUAAAAAACAAAACUGUGUGUGAGGACCAGGAGCUGAAACUGCACUGCCACGAGUCCAAGUUUCUUAACAUCUACUCUGCAACCUAUGGCAGAAGGAUGCAGGAGAGGAAUGUGUGUUCUUCAGAAGCAGAGAGGCUGCCUCCCUUUGACUGCUUGUCUUACUCAGCUUUACAAGUACUGUCCAGAAGGUGCUAUGGGAAGCAGAGAUGCAAAGUCCUUGUCAACAAUUACCACUUUGGAAGCCCCUGCCUGCCAGGAGUGAAAAAAUACCUCACUGUUACCUACGCGUGUGUUCCUAAGAACAUACUCACAGCGAUUGAUCCAGCCAUUGCUAAUCUGAAGCCUACUUCAACACAGGAAGAUGGUAAACACGGUGUAAACUUUGACCCAAGCGAAUCAAGGGUUCUGCGGAAAGAUGGAAUUAUUGUGAGCAACUCCCUGGCAGCGUUUGCUUACAUUAGAGCCCAUCCCGAGAGAGCCGCCCUGCUGUUUGUGUCCAGCGUCUGCAUCGGCCUGGUCCUCACAUUGUGUGCCUUAGUUGUCAGAGUGUCCUGCACCAAAGACUUCAGGGAGCUGCAGCUGGGAAAGGAGCACCUGGUGCCCGGAAGUGACCAGGCUGAGGAGGACAGUGAGGACGAUGGGGAGGGAGAGGACUCUUCUGACUCUGAAUUUCCAGGGGAACCCUCAGGGUUUCAUAAGACUUCAUACCCAGCCUACAGCUCCAUAGAAGCUGCAGAGCUGGCGGAAAGGAUUGAGCGCAGGGAGCAAAUCAUUCAGGAAAUAUGGAUGAACAGUGGUCUGGACGCCUCGCUCCCAAGGAAUAUGGCCCAGUUCUACUGACAACCAGAUGGAUCUUCAGCUAUCCCACUUUCUGAAGAGGGAAGGAUCCAAAAUGUCCCUCCAGGUCUGUUUCACUUGUACCUUCUAUGAAGGAGAAUUUGUCAUGUCACCCAAGACUGGUGAAAACAGAAAGCUGUCAAAGGGACAUUUCAAACUGUUUACAGCACAUCCCAAAAUAAAUUAAGAGGGAAGAAGUCA